AUGUCGGACCGGGAGGCCGCCACAGACGGGCUGAAUUUGGUCAGUAAAUUUGCCGGUGAAGCUUUUGGUAUCGAUAAUGUUCGCACGGUAUUCGCCAGUGCGUCACAAGACAAUGUCGAACGUGAAGACCGCGUGGUCGUAUUGAUCGGACCGGCCGGUACUGGCAAAUCAACGUUGAUCGACUGCAUGUGCAAUUAUUUCUAUGGUGCCGAACUCAAAAGUAAUGUUCGAUAUAAAAUUGCUGAUGAGAUUUUCGACCAAACAACUCCAAAGAAAACAAUUAUCAAAUACGUUUUCAAUGAGACUAGAAUGCCAUAUCGACCCGUCGUUAUCGACACACCUGGCAUCGGAAGCGAGAGUGGAGUGCAAACAGAUGCCGAAAUCUCAGCAAUGUUGAAAGGUUUUCUGCUGCAAAGUCAUCGUGUUGUCAUACACGCGAUCGGCUUUGUAUUGAGGCACACUGACAUAAGAGUAUCGGUAAAGCGUGAAGAACAAAUCAAAGAGACAUUAUCGAUGUUUCCGAAAUGGAUGCUACCCAAUGUGGUACCAAUGUUGUCAUCCAGUGAUGGCACCGGUACAAUACCGCCAGCGCUCGCAGCGUUGUUCAAAAAUCUUGGUUUAAGUGAAAAUCGCGUAUUCUUCUUCAACAGCGGCUCCCUAUUUGAUGUCACUAAAGCUGAAGCAAUAACAGCGCAGUUACGCACAACGUAUUGGACCAUGACAAUGCAAGCACUGGAUGACUUCUUUGAGCACGUUUCUCAGCUGAAUCCACAAUGCAUUGCUGAACAGCUUCCGCCUUCUACAAGUCCAUCUCUGGUGUUCGAAAAACAGUAUAAAGACGGAAUAUAUACACCUAAUUAUACACCUCCACCGCCAGCAGUUAUCGAUAAACGCGAUGAAAAUAUGAUUUCGUCCGAUAGAACAUUUUCGACAAGGUGGAGCACAAAUGUGGCUCGAGAUAGUGCUGAUAUGAAAGCGUCAAUAAAAGACACGAGCAGUGCAACUGGUGCCUUAUAUUCAAAAAUUCGUAAGACAAGUCAGCACGAAUCUGUGGUGGCUGAAGAAAAAGCUCGUGAACGCAUCAUUCCAAUCAAAAUACUCAACGCACCAUCGAAGGAGUACACUCAAGUCGUCGAGAGCCACAAAUCACAUUUCGAUACAUCAUCUGAACGGCACACAACGAUAAAAAGCGGAACAGAAAUGGAUUCAGAAGGCCGAAAAUCGCAUUUGGAUACAUCCACUGAACAACAUCUAACGAUACAAAUGGAAACUGAUGACGACCAUUCAUCACCGAAACGAUAUACGUAUGAUCCUACAUCGAUGUCGCAUAAGGAACACAAUCUUACGGAUUCAGUUAGGAAAGAAUCCACAACUGGUGAAGGGAUCGAUCUUGCUAAGGACACCACUGCGAUUUUUAUUGGAGAUUCAUCCUCUGGAGGAAUUCCAACACGUCCUCAUCGUGUACAAGAAACUUUGAUAAACGAUGUCCCGUUAGAAAAUCUGGUGAAUUCAAGUGGUUAUAAACAUAUCAAAAGUUAUCCACCACCAGAAUACACUCCAGAGCAGACAAUAUCAAGACAACCACUCGCCAGAAUUGCUGGAAAUAAUCAGCAGCACUCACAGAACAUUCAGCAGCGUAUAACGACUUCAAUGGAUGUUAAUGUGGAUGGAUCAAAAACGGACGUCUUGCGAAUAGCGCCGCAACGUCAUUCGUACCAUGAAACAGCCGAUAAAACACCGUCUACAGCGCUCAGUGCUGCGUCCGAUUGGACAUAUCAAGCGGCCAGUGAAACGAACGUGAAUCAGUUCGAUAGUAACACCCAAAGAAUGUCAAGCACUCAGCAGCAACGCAACGACUUCAUAAUAACACCUCAGAUGAGAACUUCGGAUUCACCAGUUCUGUUUCGUGUCACUAUGGGUAAAAAAGAUAGAAAUGUUCAAAAGAUUGACGGCGAUCAACAAACUCUCAAUGUUAGCAAAGCACGCGAAACUAACAUUGAUGAUGUCGCACCUCCAGAAUACGACGGCAAAUGGACCGAGCAAACCGUUCAAUCAGCCGCACGUGAUGAAAAAAAUCUGAAAACUUCAUCUUACAAUGCGGAUGUUAUAACGGGAUACGCUACAAGCUAUGAGUACGGUGGUAAUGCUGGCCCGAUUCCCACUAAAACGACACCGAAACCAGCAGGUGAGACUGUCAACGGACAAUACUAUCAGAACAUAACCGACGUCAUGGAGACGAAUAUUGAUGAGAACAUAAACCAACGCAGUUCAGUUUACGCUCAGGAUGCUGGUCAAACUGCUUUGCUGGUAACAACACCGACCUCGAAGGCAUUCAUUGCCACAAGUGAUAGAAUGAGUGGAUAUGAUCAAUGUGUAGCUGCACAGCAGCGUGUUAGUGGCUACGGAUAUGGCGAUACUCAAACAACAACUACAGUAACAACAACAAUGCCCAUUCGAACCAGUCCAACCACAGCAGAUGGUAGUGCGAUGGGUCGUUAUAAGAAAGGUGAAACCGCAGCAAAUGUGAGGGGUCAAGGAGCUGCGAUGCAACGCGUGAAGGGAUACAGUCACGGUGAUGAAGAGGAAACAGUGACCACAACAACUGCCACGACGAAUAUCACGAACGCAGGAGCAGGUGCUGUGAAUGCAAGAGGUCAAAGGGUCAGCAUGCAACGUGGACAAGGGUACAGUUACGGUGAUGCAGCAGAGGAGGAAACAGCGACGACUACGACCACUACGAAAGGCAUCGUCAGUACAGGUGGUGCGAGUGCGAUGCAUGGAGGAACUCAGGUGGCUUCAGCACGACUCAGUACAGGUUAUGGUGACGAUGAGGAAACACUGACCACUACUACAACUAAUAAAAACAUCGCAAACAUAGGAGGGGCAAAUGGCCAGCGUCGUCAACCAGGUGUCUAUGGACGACAAGUUCAGUCUGCGAUGAAGAAAGGUUCGCAAGGAUAUGGCUAUGACGAAGAUGAAACAACAACAACUACAACAAAAACUAUUGAUGGUGGCGACGGUGCAUUUUCACCGCAGAAGCAGGGUGAAAUGGCUUCUUCGAAUCGAAGAAGUGGUGCCUACGGUGAAUACGAUGAUGAAGACGAGUUUACGACGACCACAAAGAGUGUUACAACUGCAGGUGGAGGUGGUGGAGGAGUGCCACGUGUUCCUUUGCAUCAGACACAACAAGCGUAUAGAGGUGAGCGAAUGGGAAAGUCAGGAUAUGGUUAUGACGACGAUGAGGAAAUAACGACCACAAAAACAACUGCCAGAUAUGACUUGCCACCAGGAAACAUCGAAUCUGCCGGUCAAGACUAUCGAAAUGAGGACGUUGAGAAUCAGUGGCAAUCUCGAGCCGAACGCGACGAUUUACUCGGUCAUCGUUCAUCAUUUCAAACGCAGCAAUACCCAGUUCCUCCCAAAAAUUACUUGGAGAGGUCGGUCAUUUACGAAUACGCGAUCGAUCAACAUUCCUCCUAUCCGAAAAGUUCCAAUAGCCAUCUUUCACAGUUCUUUCACUCUCAAUCAAUUCUUUCCGAAUGUUUUCACAACACUCCACUCGAACGUUCAACCGUCAUUUUCUAA